AUGACGUUCAAUCUUACACGUAAAAAUUUACGUUUAUCAGCGAAGAGAUAUAGUAGGAAAAAAAAGUUCAUAAAGAAGCGGAUAAUAUUUGCGGAAACAAGCUCAAAUCGAUUAACAUUCCCAAACUCACGGUUUGUAAUUAACAAGUCAAAAAAAUUUGCAGCUUCGGAAUGUGCCAACGCUGCAAUUGACAACAGCAAUAACAAAAAUAAUCAGGAACAACAAAUUUCAGACUGUAGUAAUACAGAUAUUUUGGAAAAAAGUAAAAUCUUGGGAUUAAAAAUAGUACAAGAACAUAGUUAUAGUAAACAAAUUUUUCAAUUGGAGGUAACACAAUCUUCGACAGUUGAAAAUGCAUUUCCUCAAAAUAAUUUUAAUGAGUUGGAUCAUGUUGAUGAGUCCACUGAAAUUGAAACUAUUGAUGAAGGUAAUUAUAAUGAGAAAAAUGAAAAUACACCCGUCUCUGACCCACAGAAUACAAAAGAACUACACAGUAUUGACAAAAUUGCUGUUGAAGUCACAAGUUCGAAAGAAAAUGACAGUAAGGAAAAUUAUGUAGAACCAAAGAAUGAAGAGUUACCGGAAUUGAUUGUUGAAAAAGAAGUUACUUUUACAAAUUCAGAAGAAUGUGUAGAUCCUGGUGAACGUUGUAUUAUCCAGAAUGUAUAUUUUAUCAAUGAAAUGCGCUCUAUAUUUAGCUCUGAUGUACAUAAACCGUUCAAUUGUUCAGCUGACAAUGUGGAAUUGACUGGCCAAAAAAAAUAUGGCUUUAGAAAAACUUUUUUUUUUAAAUGUAAUAUGUGCAAUAAAACAUUUAAAGCUCACACUGAGCCAAAAGAGAGUAAAUUUUUGGACGUAAAUACUUGUAUGGUGGCUGGAGUAAAAUCUGCGGGACUAAAUUAUAUAGAAUUGAAAGAAAUCACAGCUUUUUCAGGAAUAAAAUGUAUGUCAGACAAAACUUAUGAAAAAAUUAGUGUUACUUUGGAUGACAAUUAUGCUAAAAUUGCUCAAAAUGAGAUAAAUAAAGCUGGUGCUGAAGAACGAAAAAUAGCAGAAGAAUUUAAUCCUAAAGAAGGUGAUCAUUAUACUUGUUCUUUGAUGGUUGAUGGAAGUUGGACGAUGCGAUGUUAUGGGACCCAAGGCCGAUCGAAAACAGGUGCAGCUGUAGGUAUAGGGCAGAAAUCUCAAAAAAAACACCGAUGUUACGCUAAUUGGGAUAAAGAUAAAAGUUCGUCGAGCAUGGAAUCUGAUAUUAUAACGGAAGGAUUCCAGAAUAGUAUUAAAGAUCAUAAUUUGUUGUACACUGAGUUAAUUGGGGACAACGACAGCAGCACAUAUUUGAAAGUGCUACAAGCAAACCCUUACCCUACAGUGUUUGUAAAAAAAAAUCAAUUGCGUUGA